AUAAUAUCCGUUUUAAUGAGAGUUUAUGCACUUUUAUGUAUAAUAGCAAUAGCAUAUUGCACAUAAACUACAAAGUAAUGAUAUAAAAAAUAUGAUUAAGCUAGGCAAGUAUGUUUGAAGAAUAGCUGGGAUAAUUGACUAAAAGUAAAUUAGGGAAAACUAUUUUAAACAUGAUAUCAUUGCAAUAAUUUACAGAGGUGGAUUUUAGUCCAUUAUUUACAGCAAUAGAUGAUAUAGUUGCAUCAACUUAAGAAGCAAAAGAAGAAGAGGCAGCACAAUUAGAUACUUACUAUUAAUAAUUCUUGAGUGAUUCAGAGUUCUAUUAAAAUCAAGUAACAGAAUAUAGUACCGAAGUAAUAAUAUUAGAUUAAUGUUAUUUAAGGUUGCAUAACAUUAGAGUGACAUUACAACAUUCAUAAAAGAUAGAAACAGUUUACAAUAAUCUUUAUAUGAUAAAAGUCAAUAAUUGAAUGAUGCUUAAAGAAGUUAAAGUUAAUUAUAGAGAACAGUGUAGAAUAAUGAUUAAGCAACAUCAAAGAAGACAGCAGAAUAUGAUUAAUCAAUAUCUAUAGUAGAUUAAGUGAUAGCAAAAUUACAACUUAUCAAAUGUAAAUUAAACUAAUAAAUUCAUUAGAAUCAUCAUUUAUUGAAGUAAAUUAAGAAGACUUGGCAAUUUCAUCAGCAACAUUUUCAAGAAGAUUAAGUGAAGUAUCUCAUCUUCCUCAUCUUUUUGAACCAUUAUCAAAAGUAUUAAUAUAAAUGAGUACAUAAGGGUAAUUAUAAUUAUUAAAUAUAAUAGUUUUGCAGAUUAAGAAUAAGCAGGUAAUGCUAUUAAAUUGCUUCAUAAUUUAAGAGAAGAUUUAGUAGCUACUAAAUAAGCUUUAUUAAUGAAUGCUUAAUUAGAAAAGGACACUAAUAAUGGAAUUUUAACAUCUUUAGAAGAAACAAUCAAUCUAUUAAAUAAUGAAAUAAUUCCAUAACUGAAAGGAGAUAUUUAAACUAAAGAUGGAGAAAUUGCUACUAAAUAAGAAUUGUUAAAGGAUGCAUAAUCAAAUCUAGAUACUGCAUAAUCUAAUCUUGAUAAUGUAAAUUCUGGAUGGGUAGCUAGGUAUUUUUUAUUCUUUAUAUUUAAUUAGAUAAGAAUAAAAUAAAUAACUCAAUGAUGGAUGGGAUAAUGAAUUGAUGUUAUUAUCAUAAGCAGAAUCUGCUUUAGAAAGAGGAGGAAUUAGAAGAUAAUGACAAAUAUUA